AUGGGCCCUGUUCCUGCUAGGGAGAACAGCGGCCGGGUUGACAGUGCGGUGCAGAGCGGUGCUGGGGGCGGGUUAGCGGGAUGGGUGCGUGGGUCGUCUGUGGGUUUGGCGAAUGGGGAGGAGGGGGAUGAGGGGCGGGCGGGUGCGGACGGGGAUCGUGGUGGCAGCACUGCUGCAGACAGGCACACAAGCUCGUCUCAUGCCCAGGAGAGUGAAGCGGGUGCAGCCGAGCCCUCUGCACUGGACUCGCUGCGUUCGAGUGCCAUGUUCUCUUCAGGCCGCAAGCAGAGGCAGCGUGGGCGGUACAGCAAGGUGGUGACAGUGCGGGAGUAUGUACAGGGUGUGAUGGUGGCAGAGAUCCCAAGGUCCAAGCUGCAGCACGACCUCGUGAGGCGGCGUGGACCGACACGCAGGGCGGGGAGGAAGGCGGGCGAGCUGAUAUACAAGGGCCACCGCAGCUACGACCUCAUGACGGCCAUACAGCUGGGGCUCAGGCACUCCACAGGGCGGGCAACACCUCCCCCAGUUGCCCCUUCUGCAGCUGCCCCUCCCUCAGAACUACCUCCCCCAUCAGCGGCCAUCCCAGCAGCAUCCACCCCCACCACACUUCCCACAGCUGCACCUUUCCCAGCUGCGCUCUCUGCACCAGCCGCACCUGCCCCAGUUGCACCUACCUCAGCUGAUCUGCGUGCAGAGGACUUUGUGGCAGCAGACAGGAUGUGGUUCCCUCCGGAAGGCUCCUCGUGCACGCCGCCCCACAACACGCUCCCCUUCACCUGGCGCGACUAUGCUCCCAAGGCCUUCAGUCAUGCCAACCCUGUUCACCCGCCCGCCCCACCUCUCCUUCCCAUCCUCGCCCCCUCCAGCGAGCUGCGCGCCAUGUUUGGCAUCACUCCAGCUGACUACACGCUGUCUCUCUCCCUAUCUCUGCAUCAACUCUCCCCACCCCCCUCCACCCCCUUUUUACUCGCCUGCAUCCCCUUCAGUGAGCUGCGCGCCAUGUUUGGCAUUAAUCCAGCUGACUACAUGGUGUCUCUUGAGCUGCACGCCAUGUUUGGCAUUGAUCCAGCAGACUACACGCUCUCUCUCUCCCUCUACCUCUCUCUGUGCCAACAUCCAUCACCCACCCGCCCCUUCUUUUACUCCCCUCCCCUGCAUUCCCCCUCCAGUGAGCUGCGCGCCAUGUUUGGCAUCGAUCCAGCAGACUACACGCUCUCUCUGUGUGGAGAUAACGCUCUGAGGGAGCUGUCAUCCCCGGGCAAGUCCGGGAGUGUGUUCUACCUGUCGGACGAUGACCGGUUUAUCAUCAAAACCAUGCGCGCCUCUGAAGUGCGGCAGCAGCAACACCAACACCCGGACCCCCACCAGCAGCACAACCAUCCGCAGAGGUAUCGGCGGCGGCGGCGGUUACACACGGUGCUCUCGUCCCCCUCCACGCUCAUCCGCUUUGUGGUGAUGGCCAACGUGUUUGUCACUGACCUUCGCAUGCACCGCCGCUUCGACCUCAAGGGGUCGUCGCAGGGGCGCAGCACGGAGAAGGUGGCAGUGGAUGAGACAACGACACUCAAGGAUUUAGAUCUCGAUUUGAGCUUCCACAUGCCCGCCUCCUGGCGAGCCCUCAUGCACAGAGUGCGGCUACAGACCGUCCUCUCCUCGCCCUCCACGCUCAUCCGCUUUGUGGUGAUGGCCAACGUGUUUGUCACUGACCUGCGCAUGCACCGACGGUUCGAUUUGAAAGGGUCGUCGCAGGGGAGAAGCACGGAGAAGGUGGCAGUGGAUGAGACCACUACACUCAAGGAUUGGACCUUGAUCUCUCCUUCCACAUGCCCGCAUCCUGGCGAGCGCUCAUGCACAGCUGCAGAACAUAUGGGCGCAUGUACUUUUGAGUUUUCCCAGCCCCCUCUGUUCCCACCUUUCCCUCUCUCCACUCUUUCCUCUGUCGCUGUCCAGGCAUAUCGCGCUGGACACGGCGUUCCUGCAGAGGCAGCGCAUAAUGGACUACAGCCUGCUGUUGGGAGUCACUGGAGGCACCUCAUUGGCAUCAUUCUCCAUUUUGUUCUCCCUCUUCUCCCUCUCUCUGUAUCCGCCCUCCAGGCAAAUCGCUCUAGAAACGGCGCAAAUCGCUCUGGACACGACGUUCCUGCAACGGCAGCGCAUAAUGGACUACAGCCUGCUGCUGGGGGUGCAUUUCCGCCCCACCAAUGCUGCGCUGCCACCUGUCACCAUCGCCGAGGGGCGCGCGACCCAGGACAGCCAAUCUCGGCCGUCCAUCUCAGCAGGUGCUGUGGUUGUGGAUAG